UGGUACGCGUUUUGAAGAGGAAUGUUGGUGUAUAUAUUGCAAUGAGAUUAAUGACAGCGUGAAAGAAGAACCGGAAAUUACGAGUAUCCAGUACGUAAAAGGAGAAUUCGAUGCAAUUUUUUCAGGAACAUGGAAAAAUGACUUGAUUCUGCCAAAUUUAUUUUAUGGAAAUUAUGCCAAUGUAUUUAAUAGACAUUAUCCCAUCAAAAGCGCCACCAUAAUUGCUUUAAAAGGUUUACAGGAAUCGAAAAUUUGCUCUACUUGCAAUGAAAAAGGAUUUAUUGGAAAUCAAUGGUUGAAGGAUGGAUGCACGAAUAUAAAAAAAGACAUUCGUUUUUCCCGCUUGCUAUGCACUUCGGAAAAUAUUCGUUCGAAAGGUAUUUUGUGUAACAUUCGCAAUCAACUGGCAUUGGGCUUUACAUGGAUGGCUGUGGCAGUGCAAACAUAUAUGAAGAGUUUUGGCACAGCAAUGAAGUAA